UUGCCGUCAAAAACAAUAUAUUUAUUUUCUUUUUUCAUCUAAACCACACAAGCAUAAAUAAAUCUAAUUUUCCUCACUUUCCUCUCAAACAUUUCCUAAUUCCCAUCCAAAUAAUUUCCAAAAGCUUUUUAAUUCUAAGCAAAUAGUAAUAUUCUCUUCAAGAAAUAUAUUAUCUCAUAUAAUUUCUUGAUGUUUUUCUUCUGAUUUUCAACAAAACAAUUUUCUUGUUCUUGUUUCUUAAAUUUCUUGAAUGGUUUUAAGCUUUGGAUUUAGAAAAUUAUUUUAGGUUUUGUCAAAAAAAGUUAAAAAAAUAAUCCUUGUAGAGAUAUGGAGACUACCGGAGAAGUUGUAAAAACACCCACCGGGAGCGACGGUGGCGUAACGGUGGUGAGAUCCAACGCGCCGUCGGACUUCCACAUGGCUCCGAGAUCAGAAACUUCAAAUCCACUUCCCACCUCCCUCUCUCAUCCUCCUCCUCCACCUCCACCGCAGCAAAGCUCCUUCGCUCCUCAUCCGCCGCCACCGGCGACUUACUCAAGCGUACCGGUGAAGAAGAAGCGGGGACGCCCGAGGAAAUACGACGGAGCAGCGGUGACGCUAUCACCAAAUCCGAUAUCAUCAGCCGCACCAACGACUUCUCACGUCAUCGAUUUCUCCGCAUCGGUGAAACGUGGCAAAGUGAAUUCAGCACCAACUAGUAGUGCUCCUGCUAGCUCCUUCUUCAGACCAAAGUACCAAGUCGACAAUUUAGGUGACUGGGCUGCUCCUUCCUCUGCCGGAGCUAAUUUCACGCCGCAUAUUCUUACCGUGAACGCAGGAGAGGACGUUACGCAAAAGAUAAUAUCGUUUUCACAACAAAGGUCUGAAGCUAUUUGCGUUUUAUGCGCUAACGGUGUGGUGUCAAGUGUUACACUUCGCCAGCCUGAUUCAUCCGGCGGUACAUUGACCUAUGAGGGUCGGUUUGAGAUAUUGUCACUGUCUGGAACAUUCAUGCCUAGUAGUGACUCGGAUGGGACAAGAAGCAGAACAGGCGGGAUGACUGUGUCCUUGGCUAGCCCUGAUGGACGUGUAGUAGGCGGUGGUGUUGCUGGCCUGCUCGUUGCAGCUACUCCUAUCCAGGUGGUUGUUGGAAGUUUCUUAGCCGGAACAAACCAGCAUGAUCAGAGACCUAAGCAGCAGAACCACAACUUCAUGUCGUCUCCGAUGCCGAUCAUCAGGCCUUUGCCCUCUUCUCUCCCCAUCAGUACAUGGACACCGCCUUUAGCUUUUGAUCCGCGACACAAGCCUUCUCAUGACAUUAACAUCAGUUUGACGUGAUUGCUUCCUCAGAGAGCUCAUAAAUCCUCUGUAGUUCAGUUCCCAUAUUAGGACUCUAUGUGCCAGAGUCUCAGAGGUUCUAGGUGUUAUGUUUGGUCUGUAACUUAAGAUUGUUUUUCCAACUUUUUAGUUACUUAUCUUUUCAUUUCACCCUUUGGCUGUAGAAAUUGGAUCAAUUUGCAAAUGAUUGCGCUCUUAGUGACACCAA